AUAAUUAAUUAAUGGACCAUUAAAAUAAUUAUACAAAGCAAAAGGAUUUUGCUGGUAUCUUGUGCUCGUAAUAUGCCAAGUGCUUUUAAAUCGUAAUCCGUAGACCAGACCAUAAAUAAACUCGACACCCAUUAAGAAGGUCUUUAUUGACCCGAGUUAGAAGAUCUAUCAAGACAUAGUAGUCAACGAGUAUCUAGAGGAACAUUCAAUUGUCGUGGAAUCAAAUGAAAUCGAAGUGCCAUAACCAUUUAUUGAGUGGAAAGAUUGCCAAUUUCCAAAUUAAUUGAAUAAGCGUAUAUCACUUAAAGCCUUUUAAAGACCCACUCCAAUCUAAGCAUCAGGUAUUACUUUAUAUAAUUACUUUUAGUUUUUCCUAUAAUAAUGUCUGGACAUGAUUUAAUAGGAAUUGCAUAAACAGGAUCUGGUAAAACUAUUGCUUACCUUCUACCUGGAUUAGUUCAUAUAGAAUGUCAACGUAAAAAAGGUGGACCUAUGAUGUUAAUUCUUGUGCCUACUAGAGAGUUAGCCAUGCAAAUUUAAGGUAAUAAAAGAACACAUAUUUUAAGAACAUAUUUGCUAUUUUUCUGAAGCAUACAAUCUAAAUUCAGCCUGUAUAUAUGGUGGAGCUGAUAAAAGACCUUAAGAAAUGGCUUUAGCAAGAGAUCCUGAUAUUGUUGUUGCAACUCCAGGAAGAUUAAUUGACUUUUUAGAUGCUCAAGUAACAAAUCUACAUAAUGUUACAUAUUUGGUAUUAGAUGAAGCAGAUCGAAUGCUUGGUAUUUUAUCAUCAUUAUAUAAUAGACAUGGGGUUUGAAUAAUAAGUUCGUAAAAUUGAUAGCUAUAUCAGAGAAGAUAGAUAAACUGUAUUCUUUUCAGCAACUUGGCCAAAAAUGGUAUAAAAUUUAGCAUGUGAUCUUUGUCACAAUGAACCAAUUAAUUUAUACAUUGGUAGUCAAGAAGUUACCAUUAACAAAAAUAUCACUUAAGAAACAAUAUGUUUGUAUCAAAAUGAAAAAUAAGAAGAGUAUAAGAAUUGAAUAUCUAUUUUUAGAAUACUCUACAUUUUAGAAGAAUUAUCUAAUAAAGAUAAAGUGCUGAUUUUUGUUGAAACAAAAAAAGACUGUGAAGACUUAGCCAAUUAUUUAUCAGAACAUGGAUUUUUUUGUAUGUCUUUACAUGGUGAUCGAACUCAAUAACAAAGAGAUUAUGUCAUGAAGGAAUUUAAAUCUUCAAGAUGUAAAUUGUUAUGUGCUACUGAUGUUGCAUCAAGAGGACUUGAUGUUAGAGAUAUUAGUUUAGUUAUCAAUUAUGAUUUCCCUAAUUAAAUUGAUAAUUAUGUUCAUAGAAUAGGAAGAACUGGAAGAGCCGGAGAUAAGGGAAGAAGCAUAACUAUGAUUACUUUGGAUACUAUGGAUCCAAGAAUAGCCAAAUAAUUAGUUGAUGUAUAAAUUCAAAUUAAUUUAAGUUAUUAAAAGAUUCAGAGUAAGUUGUAAAUGAUGAUUUAUAUGAUUUUGCUUAUUCAAGUAUAUUCUUUAUUUCUAACUUAGAACCAUAUCAAAAGGGUAAGAGACCUAAUCAAAGAAAAAAGCCUAAUGAUAAACCUAUUACGCAAUCCAAAAAUUCUAAUUUUAAUAAUAGUAAUAACAAUAAUAAUAACAUUAAUAAUAAUAAUAAUAAUAAUAAUAAUAAUAAUAAUAAUAAUAAUAAUAAUAAUAAUAAUAAUAAUAAUAAUAAUAAUAAUAAUCCUAAUUUCAAUACCUAAAAACAAUAGCAGAAGUAAUUUAAUCAGAAACCAUCUUCUCCUGCUAAAUAAUCAACAUCAACUAUGCCCCCUCCCCUAGAAUUGAAAAAAGCAUUUUCAGAUGCUCCUGUGUUUGGCUUUUUCAAUUCUAAAAAAGAAUGA